GGAGAGUGUCCUUUGAGUUGCUUCAUUCGCUUCUUCAUGGCGCCAUGUUGGCUUGCCGGACAUGGCGGCUGGGCCAAAGCCGCCUGGCCUUCUCAAGCCGGGCGCUGGCCUUGGAGAAUCCGGCCUGCCGACCAGGCGACCGUCCCUUCGACUUGGGCCCUUUCGCCUGCCAUCGAGUGCCCAAGGAUGCCACGCCCAUGCGCUUGGACGGUUGGCUCUACAAGCACGUGUGUAGCAGCUGGGAUGCCAGGCAGAAACUCAUCAGCUCCAAGCAAGUUUGGGUGAUGGCGCCCGAAAGCUCGGUGGAUCAACACCAGCGCUGCGUGAAGAUCCCGCGCUUUCGGCCCCAAUGCCUGGGAAAGACCUCGGUGAAGCCCCAGGAUUUCAUCUACUUCCCAAAGACCAUGAGCCCCGUGCCCAAGCGUCGGGAACCUUUAGCGUCGGGCCAGCUGGACCACUUGCUACUGCAUCGAGUGAUCUACAAGGACACCGACUUCAUAGCCAUCGACAAGCCCAUCGGAUGGACAGUGAACCCAGGGAAGAAGGUUGGCAAUCUGCACUUGCAGAGGCUUCUGCCUACUUUGCAAUUCGGCAUGGAGGAGCCACCGUCCUUUGUUCACAGGCUGAGCACUGAGAUGUCGGGUGUCCUGCUGCUAGCCAGGCAUCCUGCGGCCAAGGCAUAUGCGAAGGACAUGAUCGCGCAACGCGCGUUUUGGCAACGGGACUUUUGGGCCUUGGUCUGUGGCCGCACGCCCAAGACGGGGCAAGUCUCUAUGCCGUUGGCGCAGGAACGCUUGGGUCAGCGGAAUGUGGCCAAGCCCGUCCGUGAAGACGAUGGGGGGCUGCCGGCCAUGACGGAGUACAACGCCUUGCGCUUCUCGCCCUUGUGUGGUGGCCUAACCCUUUUGUCGAUGAACCCAUACAGUGGUCGCUAUCAUCAGACUCGUGCGCAUUGUGCCUUCGGCUUGCGCGCGCCGAUGCUGGGCGAUCCCAUCUAUUAUGAGCUCUCGAACGUGGUGGGCGGCCCCGCGAGUGACUUCAAAGUGAGGUACCACUCUGCGGAAAACCGACACGAGCGCAAGGAGCUCUUAGGACCCUCGCCACGACUCCACUUGCACAGUCGGCAGCUGAUGAUCAAGACCUUUGCCGGGAAGGAAGUGGUCAUCACCGCGCCGGUGCCCGAGCACUUCGCUCGGUCGUUGAAUGCCUUGGGCUGGGAAGAUUGGCUGAGGCGCGCCGAGCACCGCGGGGCGACGCAAAGCACGUGGCGACGUGAGGAGGAUCGCGAUUUGUGGGAGGCUUUGGCGAAGGCGCGCGUCACGCGGGUGGACGACGUGGAGAGCGAGUCUCGCCAAGCCGAGCACAAGGAGGUGGAGGACUACGUGGACCCCGCGCUUUCCGGAGACCGGAGAACCGAGGCGGACGUGGGCGACCUCGAAGAAGGGCGGAGUGGAAGGUCCCACGGGCGCAGGUCCAGACGCCUCUGACAUGGCACACAACCUGUCGCUCCGGCCGUUUCUUUGUGUACAUAGGAGAAGUGCUGCAAAGCAUCAUGGCACCAG